CUUGAGCCUCUCUUCUGGUUAUUCACACACUUUGCUUUUCACCGGCAUUACACUCUUUGCCUUUCCUCGCUAUAAUAGAGCCUCGCAGUAUAUAAUUUUGAGCGCGCCCGACGCUUGGCGGUGCUCGCGCCUUGGCGGGGCCGCCUUGUGGUCCGCCGCGCCGCCAAUCACGGGCCCGCGCGCCCGCCGCCAUGUUGCCCGGGGAGCCUCGCCGAGUUGUUGUGCCCACCGAUUAUUAGCAACUUUAUGGGAUUGUAGCGCGCUGUGCCGGUACUUCACCUCAAGAUGGCCUCCGAUGGGCCGGGAAAGUAUAGGGAACGGAAAAACAGAGCGAGCAAGCCCUACGAGCGGCCCAAGGGCAUCAUCCGUCGAGUGACAGACUCGGUCACUGGACUGUUCUCAACAUCAUGGCUCUCAGGCUGGAUGGGGGGAGAGGAGGAGGAGAGUGCAGAACCCCAGCCUGGCCCAUCACAGGCAUCGACGCUCGCUCCACCAGGGGAGUCCUUUAUCUUUGCACAUCCAGUCACUGCUCGGAGGUCAUUCAGGCCUUUCUACCCUGAGGAAGGUGAAACCGACAGUAACAGUCAGCCUACACUGGGCGUCAAUGAGGGCGCCAGUACAAGUAGUGGAGUGAGGAUAAGCAUGUCAACAACACCUACAGGGGGCAUUGCAGCGUCUUCAAGAUCAUCACAGCUAAACGUGGAGCCUUCCAGCUCUUCCUUGACUGGGAGGAGGCUGCCCAUAGUAUCCUCCACUCCUGCCACAAUGUUUACCUCCCGCUCCAAGGGCCAGAUGGAGCCCCGCCCCUUGCCACUCCUCACAGCUUCCACACCAGCCUGUGAUGAUGGUAGUGAGGUAAGUGAGUCCUCGGCAGACACUGGUGUGGAUGCCUCCGUCAUACCUCGGCCAGAUGAGAGGGACUACCAGCGCGAGAUAUUGCAGCUGGAUGAGGAAUCCCUCCAGACUCUACGGGAGUCAUUGACCAAACCUGUGCCCUCUUCACCCAUGGCACAGCCUGCCACCUCCCUCCCCUCACUGGAGGAGACUAGGAAAAGACCCAGAGAUAUGGAGCCAGAUCACUCAAGUAUACGUGCUGAGGGAAGUGUGAGCAGCAAGUCCCUGUUCAGUGAAGCUGGUGAUGUUUCUCGUGGGCAGCCUCAGCCAUCAGCACUGGCAAGCAAGAGGCCUCGGUUCAAUGUUUCUAUAUAUGGCUCGCCAGUUCUGAGUGAAAAGUCAGUGCUAAGUGAUUCAGCUUUCAAAGCGUCACCCUUCUAUCCUGGGAGAACUAUGUACGGCGGAGCCUCAGCCUACAGAAGCAGAAGACUACCAGUGCGGGGUUCCCACCAGAUUUCACGUGCCCAAGUCAAACCCAAAGCUGCACCUCAGACCUCCGAUGACGGUGGACUUAGCCAAGCAGCACGCCGCAUCCUGGAAAGUUUAGAGUCAAUGUCAACACCAAUAUCAGAUGCUAAGCGUAUUCCCACACCCACACCAGGCCAGAGGGGCAGCUUCCUGGACUCUUCCUAUACUGCUGCGUUCCACAGGCAUCGACCACCUCUCAGGCCUUCUGCCCCUCCCUCCAGUAAACUUUUGACACCCUCCAAGGUUACAGUUCAAGACAACCUUUCAUCAAACUUACGCCCCAGCACCCCACAGCUACCUGAUUCUACCCGCAAUAAAAAGAGUUCAGGGACAGGAACAAAGAGGGAGGAGUCUUCUCAAACAGCUUCAGAAACCAGAAAGACAGAACAAAAAGAAGAGAAGAGCUCCUCUGAAAAUUCUGUGGCCUCUCUAUUUUCUAAAGCCGCAGCAGAAACUUCAGCAAAAUUUUUGCCAUCCUUGCAACCUGCAGUGUCAGUCACAUCAACGGCCCCACCACAGGAUGUGUUCAAGUUUGGUGUGUCCAGCAGCAACAGUGCCUCUAUGACCUUUGAAUUCACACCCAAGCCCAUCAGCACAGCACUUGCAGGUGAUGUUUCACAGUCAACAAAGCGAGUUGGCAAGAUGAAGUCAAAACUGGUAGACAGUGGAAGAAGUUCAAGUAAGCAAGGAGAUGAAGUACUGGAGGAGCCCAACUUGACCCCUGUCCCCCUGCCACUUUCAUCACUGCCAAAAAUCAGCUUCAUGGCAUCCCCAGGAGGACAAGGCUUGCAAUCCAGUUUAUAUUCCUCCUCACCAGAAGGAUUUAAGUUCUCCAUUCCUGAGAUAGUGGAUGUACAGUCAGCCAGUGAGACCUUGGAUAAUGCCCCCAACUUUACAUUCAGGAACCCAACUCUUAUUGGUCAGGGUAUCACACCCAGCCCUAAGGUAGCCAUGCCCACCUCUCAGCCUUCCCUGAUGUUUAAUAGUAGCAGCUCAUCUUUGUUGGUCCCCAAGCUAAAGACAAACCCCAAGAAAGAUGUGACGUCUACUGAAAAACUCAAGGAAGGUAGCAUCUUGGAUAUUCUGAAGCCAAAAGAAAAGCUUUCUGAAAAAUCAUUAGCCUCGUCACCAAAUAAUGAUGAAAAGACAGUUGUUUCAAGUAAGCCAUUUUCUAUGACAAAUUCUGACAGUACUAAGUCUUUGUUGGAACAACCAGUCAACAGUAUAGUUAAGAAACCAGACACUUUGCAAGGUGUGCAAGGCUUUGGCUCAAUGUUCAAAAAGUCUAGUGAUGAAUGGGAGUGCAGUGUGUGUAUGUUAAGGAAUCAGAAUACGUCUGUUAAGUGUGUUGCGUGUGAGACUCAGAGACCUGGACAGGUUGCAUCAGUCCCCACAAAGGAUGCUGAGGGAGCUACUAAGUCAAGUGGGUCAUGGGCAGGAAAUGGGGCAGCUUGGGGGGAUACUUUUAGAAAAUCAGCCAGUGAGUGGGAUUGUGAUAUGUGUAUGGUGCGUAACAAGGACUCUGUAUCAAAGUGUGUUGCAUGUGAGACUCCAAGGCCUGGAGCUAAGUCAGAUACAAAAUCUGUACCAGAGACAACUGUUGACACUAAGGAAAAGACAAACACUUUAGGUUUUGGGUCAGUAUUUGCAAAACAGAAAGGAGAGUGGGAAUGCGACACCUGCUUAGUUCGAAACAAAAGUGAUGCCACCAAGUGCAUAUCAUGUGAGACCCCCAAACCAGGUGCUGCUAAUAUUUCUGAAGCCAUUACUGGGAAUUUCAAAUUUGGUGUAAAUACUACAACCAGUGACUCACCUUCACUAGCUUUUACAUUUAAGGAGAAAGCUGUCUCCAGUGGGUUUAAUUUUGGAGUUGGUGCCAAAACUACUCAAGAGGAGGGUAAGGGAGUCACUGGAUUCAAAUUUGGAGUGCCUGGAGAGAAAUCUAAUGCCUUGACUGUACACUCUUUUGGCUCUAGUGCUGAAAGUGACCAACCAAAGGACAAAGUUGCCAGUUCAAGUGUAGGUUUCAGUUUUGGCAUUCAAAAGGUGGAUACAAAAGCUGAAAUUGAGGAAACUAAAAAGCCAUUGUUAUUUGGUGGCAAGUCUGCAGAUAGUGUGGAAAGUGUGACAUCAACCACACCAGCUUUUCAGUUUGGUACAGGUACCAAGACACAUGUUGCCUUCAGUUUUGACUCUGGAAGCCAAGAAAAAGCCAAAGAAGAGCAGAAGGCAAAUCCAUCCUCCAGUGGAGAGGCUAAAACUGGUAUGUCAGAAGACACCAAGGGCUUCAAAAGAAAUGAGGCUCUUUUUGAUGGAAAGGAUGGGGGUGUAGAAGCAAACACAAGUAAACCAGCAUUUACCUUUAACAGUGUCACUACAUCCAACAAGGGGGAAGAGAAAAGUAAUGCAACACUAGCAUCGCCUUUUGAAGUCUUGGCUAAGAGAGACCCCCUUCCUGCUGCUGCUACGACACUUACUGCUACUGCUACUUCUACUGCAGCAUUAACUGUUCCUUUUGGUGCUACUACUGGAGCAAAUACUACAUCCUCAGGCAGUGUGUUUGCAUUUGGGGAUAAAGCAUCCACCCCUAACACAUUUGCUUUGUCAUUUUCUUCACCCCAGCCUCAGGCCAACAAGGAGGAAAAUAAACCAGCACCUGCAUUUUCCUUUAGCUCCAAAGUAGACUCAUCUGACACCAGUGAACCUGCCAAGAAACUCUCCUUCUCCUCGCCUACCUUUGCUCCUACCAUCAACAACGGGGUCAGUGCUCCACCUUCCCUUUUCACGUUUGGAAGCAAGGAGAACAAGUUGGGUAGUGGCUCAGGAUUUGGCUCCCCUCCCUCAAGCACCCCAGCAUUUGGAGCCCCUGCCCCUUCCUCCAACACAACACCAGCCUUCCAGUUUGGCAACAGCAACCCUCCAGCCCGCGCUGCCACGGCUCCCUCAGCCUUUGGAGGUCCCACACCAGCGUUUGGCAGCAGUGUCAAUUCCAACUCUGGUUUUGCCUUUGGGCAGCCAUCAGAGAAGAAAUCCAGCACAGGAUUUGACUUUGGGCAAGCUGCAAGCAGUACAGGCCCAAGCUUCAACUUUGCUGCAGUGCAACCACCACCAAAUCCCGGACUUUUCCAGUUUGGACAGAGUCAAGCAAACAACAGUUCUCCAGGAGUCUUUCAGUUUGGUACAAGAAAUUCUGAAGUUCAGGCUCCAGGAGCUGCAUUUGGAAACAAUGAGAACCCAUUCGCCCCUACUCCUCCCAGUGGCCGGGUGAUGAAGAAGGCAGUCCGGCGGUCCAGAAAGUAAUGUUAUUUUCUUAAGGGUCUUUUGUUCAUAUUUUACCUGGGAAUUACUUAGAUUAUUUUUAAAUGCUGCUGCUUACUAAAAAAAUAAAGAUGUGAACUAUAAUACAACCAAAUAGUUACAAUGCAUAUGACACGACAUUUGUGCUUCUAAAAUUUAUAUAGAAGAAAGAAAUACUAUAUACAGAAAAUUUUGAGAAUUUUUUUGCUUUCUGUAAUACUUAAAUGAACAAGUGGUUUAAAAAACAUGUUUGCAUAAUCAUUGUAAGAGAUAAAUUUGCCUAGUGGACUUGGAGUGUGAGCAACAUUGCAGUGUGUUGCCACCCUCUAUGUCUUGUUAACUAUGUUGAAAACUUACACUGGGAGUACAAGUAUUACAGAUCAGUAGCUGAGGCCAUUAAUGCUGAAUGUCUUGAAAAUUUAUCAAUUCAGUGUGAUUUUUAUUAUUAUUAUUAUUAUUAUUAUUUUUUUUUUUAAGGAUUGCAUAAAUUUCAAAUGUACAUAGUUAGUGUCUGUAAACAGCAUAAACUCAAUAUUUUAUAUGGAAUUUAGGAGCAAAGAUUAUUUUUUCCACUUAAAAAAAAUUGUAAGUUAUUUGCUUUAUGCUCCCAUAUGUAUGAUCCAUUUGUGAACAAGAACCAGAUGCUUUUUUUUCUUGUGGAGUGUGAAUCCUUGACUCUAUCCAUUGUGCUAGAUAGAUAAUAAUUUUAUAUUUUCAACUUAUUUAUUUUUUCAUAAUUUAGUAACUUCACACAAUCUGCUUUGUUAUAUAGAUGUUACUUUCCCUAGCACAAGGAGGAAACAAUGGCAGAGCCUUCACUCGAAAUAUACUACAAAGCUGUGGUUUCUUGAUGAAGAUGUAAAAAAUAUGCUAUGAACAUUCUUUGUACAUAAUGAGGCUUAACCCGCCUUUCCAGUAAUCUUGUUUGACUGUUCCUUGUUAAAAGAGAACAUUGUUGAUAAUUUUAUAUCCUUUGUCCAAACUGAUGGACAAGUUGUUCUCAUCAGGAAUGUUCAUAGUUUUGUUGUCGCACAGAUCUAUUUCAGCGUCUUGCUAUACAGUGGCUGUACAGUUUUAUGAAGAAAUAGCGCAGACGAAUAUAGUAAUUUGUGUUUGGUGCACGCUGUGGACGUUUGAUGUAAAGUUCCUUCUGCUUAUUUUAUUUUUGUGAUAUCCCUAUUUUAAUAACAUUUUAGGUUGGCUUUGCCAAUGAACAUCAGUCCUCUACAGCACGAGUACCCAUGUAGUGUUGCUCAUGCCAUAAGCAAGGCCUCUUCAUGAUGCGGCAAAAUGCGCUUCUAUAAAUAAGUGAUGUAAAUAGUAUACCCAGGCAGGCUCACUCCUUACUGUUGUACAUGGACACUUCAUAUAUUUGACAGACAAGCUGUGUUACUGGGAAGCUGCUGCCAGAAUUACGUGCUAUGUGGAUGGUUGUGAGAUGCCGAGUGUACCACCCCUUGUAUUGUCCUGUCUGUUGGAUCCCUGAGAGGUUUAUUAUUGUAAUUAGCUCGUAUCAUUAAUAUUUUAUAAUAACUUGACUUUAACAUGUACAAAGCUGUGAAGUGUGCGCGUGUGAAGGAGUUAGACUGCUCAGUGUAUGUGUCUUCGGUUUUGCAUUACUCGGUGUGAGUGAAAUGUUCAAUAAAGGAGCAUUGUAUACCCAGA